GGGCCGGCGGGAGCCCGGCGCUGAUUGGCCGGCCUGGCCGGCGGGCCCCCGCCGCUGGUUCGUAGCCGGCGCCGCGGCCUGGGUUGGGAUGUGAGGAGCGGCGGGUUCCGGGCUCCGGGCUCCUGGUGGCGGCGGCUGUGAGCGGCGGCACUGCGGCGUAGGCAGCGGGCGAGGCCAGCGGGCGCCGUCGGCGGCCGGCCCUGUCGGCCGCGGGAUGAGGAAGCGGACCGAGCCCGUCGCCUUGGAGCAUGAGCGGUGCGCCGCCCCGGGCUCGUCCUCCUCCGGCUCGGCCGCCGCGGCGCUGGACGCCGACUGCCGCCUGAAGCAGAACCUACGCCUGACGGGCCCGGGGGCGGCCGAGCCGCGCUGCGCAGCCGACGCGGGAAUGAAGCGGGCGCUGGGCAGGCGAAAGGGCCUGUGGUUGCGCCUGAGGAAGAUACUUUUCUGUGUUUUGGGGUUGUACAUUGCCAUUCCAUUUCUCAUCAAACUAUGUCCUGGAAUACAGGCCAAACUGAUUUUCUUGAAUUUCGUAAGGGUUCCCUAUUUCAUUGAUUUGAAAAAACCACAGGAUCAAGGUUUGAAUCACACGUGUAACUACUACCUGCAGCCAGAGGAAGACGUGACCAUUGGAGUCUGGCACACCGUCCCUGCAGUCUGGUGGAAGAACGCCCAAGGCAAAGACCAGAUGUGGUAUGAGGAUGCCUUGGCUUCCAGUCACCCUAUCAUUCUGUACCUGCAUGGGAACGCAGGUACCAGAGGAGGCGACCACCGCGUGGAGCUUUACAAGGUGCUGAGUUCCCUUGGUUACCAUGUGGUCACCUUUGACUACAGAGGUUGGGGUGACUCGGUGGGAACACCAUCUGAGCGGGGCAUGACCUAUGACGCACUCCACGUUUUUGACUGGAUCAAAGCAAGAAGUGGUGACAACCCCGUGUACAUCUGGGGCCACUCUCUGGGCACUGGUGUGGCGACAAAUCUAGUGCGGCGCCUCUGUGAGCGAGAGACGCCUCCAGAUGCCCUUAUAUUGGAAUCUCCAUUCACUAAUAUCCGCGAAGAAGCUAAGAGCCAUCCAUUUUCAGUGAUAUAUCGAUACUUCCCUGGGUUUGACUGGUUCUUCCUUGAUCCUAUUACAAGCAGUGGAAUUAAAUUUGCAAAUGAUGAAAAUGUGAAGCACAUCUCCUGUCCCCUGCUCAUCCUGCACGCUGAGGACGACCCGGUGGUGCCCUUCCAUCUUGGCAGAAAGCUCUAUAGCAUCGCCGCACCAUCUCGAAGCUUCCGAGACUUCAAAGUUCAGUUUGUGCCCUUUCAUUCAGACCUUGGCUACAGGCACAAAUACAUUUACAAGAGCCCUGAGCUGCCACGGAUACUGAGGGAAUUCCUGGGGAAGUCGGAGCCUGAGCACCAGCACUGAGCCUGGCCGUGGGAAGGAAGCAUGAAGACCUCUGCCCUCCUCCCGUUUUCCUCCAGUCAGCAGCCCGGCAUCCUGGAGCCCCCGGGGGGCCAGCGCCUGCAAUGCUCAGGAGCCCAGCUCGCACCUGGAGAGGACUCAGUUGCCAGGCGGGGAGGCUCCUGCAGGCCCGCAGUGCCCAGAGGUCUGAGCAUGGCUGUGUGGAAAGCGUGGGUGGCAGGCAUGUGGCUCUCCUUGCUGCCCCUCAACCUGAGAUCUUUAUUGGGAGACUGGCAGCAGGCAGCCAUCACUGCCUAGUUGAUGCUGCACUGAGCUGGGCAGGGGGAGUCCAGACAGGGGACUCUGGGGGCUCGGGACCAUGCUGAGCUUUCUGGCACCACCCACAGAGAAUGUGGGGUCCAGGUUCUUUCUGCGCCUUCCCAGCACAUGCAGAAUGACUCCAGUGGUUCCAUCGUCCCCUCCUGCCCUGUGUACCUGCUUGCCUUUCUCAGCUGCCCCGCCUCCCCUGGGCUGGCCCACUCACCCACAGUGGAGGUGCCCGGGAUCUGCACUUCCUCCCCUUUCACCUACCUGUAUGCCUAACCUGGCCUUAGACUGAGCUUUAUUUAAGAAUAAAAUCGUGGUGGUGGUC